AUGAUGUUUCGUCCUCAGAAUGUUAUCAAGAAUAUAAUAAACAAUGAUAGAAAAGUUUUCCUUAGCACAAUAAAUCCAUUAAAUAAAGAAAGUAAAAACGUCAUAGACAUUUAUGAUAAUUAUGAAGUAUUAAAAAACAUGAAGGAAAAAAAUACUUUGAAAAGCUCAUUAAAGAAAUUUAGAGAAAUUGUAAAAAAGGAAACAAAAAGAAAAGGAUAUAAUUUUUAUUCAGGAUGGCCACCAGUAAAUAGGAUAAAAGUUACGGACGACGAAAAGCUAGGAUUAUUUGGACGCAAAAUGUUUAUAUACAAUAGAAUUAAAGGAGUUAGAGAAACAGAAACGAAUUUGUUCAUAUGUUGUAAAAAUAAAAAUAUAAUUUGUUUUAAUAAAAACGAAUUUAUAUCAUUGCUAAAAAAUAUGGAAGUUAUUAAGCAUCAAUUGGAAGAAUUCAGAAAGAAAUUAUAA